AGAAAUUUACCCCUUUGUCGUAAACAAAAAUAUUCUUUUUACAAUCAGCUGUAUAGAUUUAGAUCUAGAUAUUCUAAGAUAUCUAGUCUAGAUCUUAUACUAUAAAACUAUACUAAACAUAAAAAAACACUUUGUUGUAAAUACUGGCGUGUAUCAGUUUUUUCAUGAAUUUAUGACCCAGUUCUUUCUACAAUGGACCUGCGCCGAGUAAAGAAUGAAGAAAAGCUAGUACUUUGCAAGAAAUAUUAUUUAGCUGGUUUCUUUAUUCUCCCAUUUCUCUGGUUCAUCAACACUGUGUGGUUUUUCAAUGAGGCUUUCAGAAAACCAGAGUAUACAGAGCAAGCACAGAUUCGUACUUAUGUAAUCCGGUCUAUGAUUGGUUCAGUUGUCUGGAUGGCAAUCAUCAUCACUUGGGUCGUUAUUUUCCAGACACAUCGAACAUCAUGGGGUGUGGCUGGAGAGAAUCUAGCUUUCAUUAUUCCCACAGGUUCACUGUAGAUUAUUCAUGUCAUUUUUUCCCUUCUGAAACUGGUCAAAAUUUUUAAAGAAUCAUAUUGUGAAAAUCUAAAAUAAAUUGUUUCGGUUUUUCUGAUUGGGGUGAAAAUAUUUUUAAAAAAUGUUACAAAAACUGAUUGGAUGUAAUUUUUACUAAAGAGGGAUUAUUAUAUAUUUAUUUCCUAGUCCAUCACCCAUGUUACAACUUUGUAAAUAAACUUUUUUUUUUAAAUAUUGA